AAAAAAAAAAAAAAUGAUACCAUGUGUCACAGCUUCGAAAGUUGAGCAUUGAAUAGCAGGGAAAAUGGCCCGCAACAAAUCUUCAGCCGAGGCUACGGCGCCACGGAAUUUACGCAAACGAGAGUUGGCCAUUGACCCAUACGAUGUGCCCGAUGAAACCGCAUCACCGAAGCGUCAACGGCGCUCGAAGCCGCCUGAGGUGGUUUCUGAGAAUCAUGAGGACGAGGAAGCAGACGGCGAUGAGAUCGGGUCCAUUUCUGAACCAACCCCAAGGAAGCCGCCAGGCCGAGCCCCCAAACAAGCCGCUGCUAAAACAGCAGACGUCCAGACGUCGACACCGUCGGCCCAGCGGCAUAAAACAGUAGCAGAAACCCCAGUGAAGCUUAAUGGAUUUGACACACCAAGCAGACAGAACAUUGCCGACAGAUCGGCAAGGAGGAAGAGCGCUAGGGCUCUCAUCGAUCGUGUGAUUAGCGACGCCGUCAGCGACGACGAUGCCGAGGAGGAGGAUAUUGCGCGUGAAAUUUAUGAGUCCAGCGAAGAUGAAGAAGCGGACCAAGAAGAGCAACGAGAUGGAGAGGAAGGGCAGGAACCCACCACCCCGUCCAAGGCUCCAGGAAGGAAGCGCAAGGCGGCGACAGCAAGGAAGAGGUCACCAACACCACCCCGGGAUCUACCUCCCCACGAGCAGUACUUUUACCAAAACAAACCCGGUCUAACCAAGACAUCCAACAAUAAUCUCUCCAUGUUGGAUCUUCUCACACACGACGAGUAUUUCUCUGUCCUCCGGCAGCUAAAGGACCCUCACGCCUCCAGCAUCGACUCCCUCCAGGCCCUCCACGCCAAGUCAUUCCCACAAUGGGCCUUUGAGCUCUCGCAGGGCUUCAGCACCUGCCUCUAUGGCUACGGGUCCAAGCGCCGUCUGCUGCAGAACUUUGCCACCUACUUGACCUCCAAGAUCCCCGAUCGUAACCACAAAAUCAUCAUAAUCAACGGCUACGUCCGAACCCUAACACCCCGCGACAUCCUGUCUAGCUUGAGCGCCGCCCUCCCAUCCUCCUCUUCUUCCAAGCUACCCAUAGGGGGUAGCAACCCGACCAACACCCUCCAAAACCUUCUCUCCCAUUUUUCCUCCUCUUCCUCACUAACCAUCACCCUCCUAAUCAACUCAGUCGACUCCCAACCGCUCCGCAAGACUCCAAUACAAGCCCUCCUCUCCCAGCUCGCCUCCCACCCACAGAUCCGCCUCGCCUGCACGGCUGACUCGCCCGACUUCCCCCUCCUCUGGGACGCCGGCCUGCGCGCCGCCUUCAACUUUGUCUUUCACGACUGCACCACCUUCGCCGCCUUUGGCCCCGCCGAGCUCGAGGUUGUCGACGAUGUCCACGAGCUGCUGGGGCGCAAGGCAAGGCGAGUCGGCGGCAAAGAAGGCGUAGCCUUUGUGCUGCGGAGCUUGCCCGAGAACGCAAGGAGCCUGUUCAGAUUGCUGGUCGGCGAGGUGUUGGCUGCUAGUAUGGACUCGCAAGGCGGAGGAGGACCAGAUGGGGAUGUGGAUGUGGAUGUGGCGUCUGUCGAGUACCGCAUGGUUUACAACAAGGCCGUCGAGGAGUUUAUCUGCAGCUCCGAGAUGGCGUUUCGGACUUUGUUGAAGGAAUUCCAUGACCACCAAAUUAUCACCAGCCACAAGGACUCCAUCGGCACCGAGCUGCUGAGCCUCCCCUUUAGGAAAGAGGAGCUCGAGUCCAUCUUGGAGGAGUUAACAGCAUGAUCUGUGUUUGUACAAGCGUGGCGCUCAGGCGAGAUAGACAUGUUGUUUCGCUAGAAGGUGCUUACCUUGGGUGGGGGGCCGUAUCGCACUUCACGAAUAUUCCAUAGAGAGUGUACAAUAGGAUACCAAUGGCUUAAUGAUGUCAACGGAAUGACCAGGGCCGUAGCCAGAGCGAGACAGAAGGGACCACCUGCAAUUUCUACUGCGG